CGACGGCGCAGCCCCCGGACGUGACGUACGCUCCCGUGUAAUGGCAGCGCGCACAGCUGCCACGCUUCUCUUCUAAAAACCGUUUUUCUCCCUUGUAUUCUCGGCUGAACCCGUCCGUCGCCAUGCCGGGGAGGCAGAGCAACAAGCUGCCCAACAACCUGCCGCAGCUGCAGAACCUCAUAAAGAGAGACCCGCAGUCAUAUGUCGACGAGUUCCUCCAGCAGCACCGACAUUAUCAGUCCAACGUGGAGAUCUUCAAGCUGCAGCCCGACAAGGCCAACAGGGAGCUGGCGGACCUGCUCAUGUUCCUGUCUCAGGUGGCUCACUGCUACACGCAGCAGCUCUCCACCUUUCCCCGGCAGCUGUCUGAGUUACUGAUGAGCUUCCACUCGGUCAUGGAUCCCGACCUGCGAAUGACCUUCUGCAAGGCGCUGGUUCUUCUGCGGAAUAAGGAUCUGAUCGACCCCACGGGCCUCCUGGAGCUCUUCUUCGAGCUGCUGCGGUGUCACGAUAAGCUGCUCAGGAAGACUCUGUACACGCACAUCGUGACCGACAUCAAGAACAUCAACGCCAAGCACAAAAACAACAAGGUCAACACCACCCUGCAGAACUUCAUGUACACCAUGCUGAGAGACAGUAACCCCAUAGCAGCAAAGAUCUCCCUAGACGUGAUGGUUGAGCUGUACAAGAGGAACAUAUGGAACGACACCAAAACGGUCAACGUCAUCACCACCGCGUGCUUCUGCAAAGUGACAAAGAUUCUCGUCGGAGGCCUGAAGUUCUUCCUUGGGAAAGACGAGGAUGAGAAAGACAGCGACUCAGAAUCCGAGAACGAAGGAACGUCGGCCAGAGACCUGAUGAUGAGAUACUCCACAGGCAAGAAAACCACCAAAAACAAGAAGAAGCUGGAAAAAGCUAUGAAAGUCCUCAAGAAACACAAGAGAAAGAAGAAGCCUGAAGUGUUCAAUUUUUCGGCGAUUCACCUCAUUCACGAUCCUCAAGAUUUUUCAGAGAAGCUCUUAAAGCAGCUAGAAACCUCCAAGGAGCGCUUUGAGGUGAAGAUUAUGAUGAUGGAGCUCAUAUCUCGUCUGGUUGGAAUCCAUGAGCUCUUCCUCUUCAAUUUUUAUCCCUUCCUUCAGAGGUUUCUCCAGCCGCAUCAGAGAGAGGUAACAAAGAUUCUGCUGUGUGCCGCCCAGGCCUCGCACCAGCUGGUUCCGCCUGAGGUCAUUGAACCUGUGAUCAUGACCAUCGCCAACAACUUUGUGACAGACAGGAACUCUGGGGAGGUCAUGACUGUCGGCAUCAACGCCAUCAAAGAGGUGGCAGGUCGCUGCCCGCUUGCCAUCAAUGAAGAUCUGCUGCAGGAUCUGGCCCAGUACAAGACCCACAAAGACAAGAACGUAAUGAUGUCUGCCAGAGGACUAAUUCAGCUCUUCAGAAAUCUCAAUCCACAGUUGCUGCACAAAAAGGACAGGGGGAGACCCACAGAAGCGUCCACAGAGGCCAAAAUAAAAGGCUACGGAGAGCUUGAGGCUAAAGACUACAUUCCUGGAGCUGAGGUCCUGGAGGAGGAGGAAAACAAAAAGGAAGAGGAUGAAGAUGGCUGGGAGAGUGCUAGCAUCAGCGAUGAAGAUGAGGAUGGAGAGUGGGUUGACGUUCACCACUCAUCUGAUGAAGAUGCAGGCGAAGUGGCCGAGAAGCUCCAGAGUAUACCGGCUGAGGAGAGAAAAGCGAAGGCAGCGGCGGUCAGUGGCAGCCGGCUCCUCACUCAGGACGACUUCAAGAAAAUCCGUCUGGCCCAAAUGGCGAAGGAGGUCAAUGCUGCUCCAGGGAAGGCCGAGAAGAGGAAACUGGAAGAGAGCGACAAUGAAGAGGAGAAAGGGGAGCUGCUGUCGCUGAGAAACAUCGAGAGACUGCAUAAGAAACCAAAAUCGGACAAAGAGACCCGACUCGCAACAGCUUUGGCUGGCCGGACGGAUCGCAAAGACUUUGUGAGGAAGCAUACCAAGCUGAACCCGCACGCCAGCACCAGCAACAAGGAGAAGAGGAGGAAGAAGAACUUCAUGAUGAUGAGAUACAGUCAGAACGUCAGAACAAAAGCCAAACGCUCCUUCAGAGAGAAACAGAUGGCGCUCCAGGCCGCCCUCCUGAGGAAGAAGAAGCAGCACUAGUAGGGCGAGCGUGAGGGCGCUCAUGCUGGCUCUGACGGCCAUUACGAACAUUUAACUUUGACUGGGUCAAAUAUUGUACAUCCAUUAAAUGGCAUGUAAACUUGCUAUCUUCAUGUAUGUCAUUUGUCUGCAAAUGAAAUACAUUAAUGUACACCUUUUUGAAAUAAAUCAUCUUUAUUAUUUGAAAAAA